AAUAAACUUUAUCUGGGUUCAUAUGCCUAAGUCUUUGGUUUGGUUUUGUUUGACAAGAGUUCACUGUCUACGUAUCUCAGGCUAGGCUAGCCUGGAACCUCUUCUGUAGCCCAGGCAGGCCUGGAACUUGUCUUCACCUCCACUGUGCUGGAAUUACAGCGCCACCACACGAGCACAGCUCAGGGAUGAAUUCAGAGGAGGGUCACUCGUAGGUUCUUUUAAUUUUCAUGCCAGGCAGAAGUGGGGAACUGCGGUUGGGGUCCGGGGAGGUUAAUAGAUCCAGGCAGGCAGAGUGAAUUACCCAACCUGCUUUGAGCAGGUUCUUGGGCCUUGUAGGAUGAGGGCGGAGGAAACGGUCCACUGGAGGAGGCCAGGGUGGCCCAAGGUGCUGGGUGUUCCCUGGAGAGCUGGUAGGAUAGAAUGGUUCCUUAUUGACAGGCUCCCCGCUCUGCCCCACAGACACCGACAUGCCCCGCGAGGCCCUGAGUUUCCACGGGGACGCCACGGGCGCGCAGGUGCAUCUGAAUGACCUGAGAAGCACAGCACGCAGGCGCUCCACAUUCCACGAUGGCAUUGUGUUUAGCCAGCGGCCCGUGUGGCCCGGUGAGCGUGUAGCGCUGCGGGUGCUGCGACACGAGGACGGCUGGUGCGGUGGCCUUCGAGUGGGCUUCACACGCCUGGACCCUGCACAAGUGGCGGCUUCCUGCCUGCCGCCCUUCGUGUGCCCUGACCUGGAGGAGCAGAGCCCCACGUGGGCAGCGCUGCUUCCAGAGGGCUGCGUUCGUGCGGGGAAUGUGGUCUGCUUCUGGGUGAACCGUAGAGGCUGGCUCUUCGCCAAGGUCAACGCUGGCCGCCCCCUUCUGCUUCGUAAAGACGUGCUGGUCCAGGGCGCCCCACUCUGGGCGGUGAUGGAUGUGUAUGGGACCACGAAAGCCAUUGAACUGCUGGAUCCCAAAGCCAAUGCCUGGAUCACCAGUGGGGAGGCUAUGCCAGAGUCUGAAGUCACAUCAGGAGAGGAGUGUGUGAUCUGCUUCCACAACACUGCCAAUACCCGCCUCAUCCCCUGCGGCCACUCACACUUCUGCGGCUCCUGCGCCUGGCAUGUCUUCAAAGACACGGCCAGGUGCCCCAUGUGUCGCUGGCAGAUUGAGGAGGUGGCUGUGGAGCCUUCACAGAAGACUGGGAAAGGCUCCUGAGAAGACAGGCCUUCCGGAGUGGGUGCAGGUGGGACCUGGCUCUGAGGCAGGCCCCUACAAAAGGAGAAACCUCUGUCUGGACAUGGGCCAACCAGCCCAUUAAUGGGCUACCAUGACUGAUCUUGGGUU